UGUGACCACUGUCUGCAGAGGCCAGAGAGAGCAGGAAAGGAAGUGGAAAGGAACCUCACCUUCAUGCUUGGGGAAAAGGAGAAACCUGUGUUAAUGUGUCUUCCCAACAUCCCACUCUCUUCAGCAAUCGCUGGAACAGCCAUGGGCCAUCCCUGCUGAGUCAGGAAAGAAGCUGAGGGAAGAGUCGGGAUUGAAAAGCAGCAGACAAGGCUGGCACUGAUCCCAGUUUAUCCUUUGAGAUUCAGCAGAAGAUCCUGAUGGAGGAGGAGGAUACCAAGAGAGAGGUGCCCAAGGAAGAUGGAGUUGGUGAUGUGCAACAUUUCGAUUCCAGCAAGAUUAUGGAAGAGCAUAGCUACAUACAGAAGGAGCUAGAUUUACAAAAUGGUAGCUUAGAGGAAGACUCUGUGGUGCAUUCUGUUGAGAACGAUUCCCAAAACAUGAUGGAGAGCCUCAGCCCAAAGAAAUACUCUUCCAGUCUGAGAUUUAAAGCCAAUGGAGACUAUUCUGGCUCCUAUUUAACCCUCUCACAACCUGUGCCUGCAAAGAGAAGCCCUUCUCCUUUGGGAACCAGUGUCAGAAGCAGCCCCUCCUUAGCCAAAAUCCAGGGAAACAAGCAGUUCUCUUAUGAUGGAACUGACAAAAAUAUUCCUAUGAAACCUCCAACUCCUUUACUCAACACUACAUCCUCCCUCAGUGGAUAUCCACUUGGAAGAGCAGACUUUGAUCAUUAUACUGGCCGGGACAGUGAAAGGGCCUUGAGGCUCUCAGAGAAGCCUCCCUAUUCCAAAUAUAGCUCAAGGAAUAAAUCGCAUGACAAUGUCUACUUUCUUGGAGGGCUGGAAGGUCGGAAGGCAUCUGGCUCGCUCCUGGCCAUGUGGAAUGGAAGUUCCCUGAGUGAUGCUGGCCCGCCUCCUAUCAGCAGAUCGGGAGCCGCAAGCAUGCCUUCAAGCCCAAAGCAAGCCAGGAAAAUGAGCAUUCAGGACAGCCUGAUGCUUCAACCCAAGUUAACUAGACACAAGGAGCUUGCAUCUGAAAACAUCAAUUUGAGAACUAGGAAGUACUCCAGCAGCAGCCUGAGUCACAUGGGAGCCUACAGCCGAUCACUUCCCAGGUUGUACAGAGCCACAGAGAACCAGCUGACACCUCUCAGCUUGCCUCCAAGAAACUCUCUGGGCAAUUCCAAACGAACAAAACUUGGGGAAAAGGAUCUACCUCAUAGCGUAAUAGACAAUGACAAUUACCUUAAUUUUUCUUCUUUGAGCUCAGGGGCUUUACCCUAUAAAACCUCUGCUUCUGAAGGCAAUCCUUAUGUAAGUUCUACCCUCAGUGUCCCUGCCAGUCCACGAGUGGCUCGGAAGAUGCUUCUGGCCUCCACCUCCUCCUGUGCCUCUGAUGACUUUGAUCGGGCUUCAUAUGUGGGGACAAACCCGAGUCAUUCACUUCUUGCUGGAGAGUCAGACAGAGUUUUUGCAACCAGGAGGAACUUCUCUUGUGGAUCUGUGGAAUUUGAUGAGGCUGAUUUGGAAAGCCUCAGACAGGCCUCAGGAACCCCCCAGCCUGCCCUUCGGGAACGGAAAAGCAGUAUUAGCUCCAUUUCAGGACGUGAUGACCUGAUGGAUUAUCACCGGCGGCAGAGGGAGGAAAGACUCAGGGAGCAGGAAAUGGAGCGAUUGGAGAGACAGCGUCUGGAGACCAUCCUCAGUCUCUGUGCUGAAUACACAAAGCCCGACAGUUGCUUAUCUACUGGGACCACCGUGGAAGAUGUGCAGAAAAUCAACAAGGAGCUUGAGAAGCUGCAGCUCUCUGAUGAGGAGUCUGUGUUUGAGGAAGCCCUCAUGAGCCCUGACACAAGAUACAGGUGCCACCGGAAAGACUCCCUCCCUGAUGCAGACUUGGCAAGCUGUGGGAGUCUCAGUCAGAGCAGUGCCAGCUUCUUUACCCCCAGGAGCACCAGGAAUGAUGAACUACUCAGCGACCUCACCCGGACUCCUCCACCACCAUCCUCCACCUUUCCGAAAGCUUCCAGCGAGUCCUCUUAUCUAAGUAUCCUACCAAAGACCCCAGAGGGUAUAAGUGAAGAACAGAGAUCUCAGGAGUUGGCUGCAAUGGAAGAAACCCGGAUAGUCAUUCUGAACAACCUUGAGGAACUUAAGCAAAAAAUCAAAGAUAUAAAUGAUCAGAUGGAUGAGUCUUUCAGAGAGUUGGAUAUGGAAUGUGCUCUUUUGGAUGGAGAACAGAAAUCUGAAACAACUGAACUUAUGAAGGAGAAGGAGAUUUUGGAUCAUCUAAACCGGAAAAUAGCUGAACUGGAAAAGAACAUUGUUGGUGAAAAGACCAAGGAGAAGGUAAAGCUUGAUGCUGAAAGGGAAAAACUAGAGAGGCUUCAGGAGCUUUACUCCGAGCAGAAGACCCAGCUGGACAAUUGUCCUGAGUCCAUGAGGGAACAGUUACAACAACAACUGAAGAGGGAUGCUGACCUGUUGGAUGUUGAAAGCAAACACUUUGAAGACCUGGAGUUCCAGCAGCUUGAACAUGAGAGCCGUCUAGAUGAAGAAAAGGAGAACUUGACUCAACAGCUCCUGCGUGAAGUUGCUGAAUAUCAACGGAACAUCGUUUCUAGAAAGGAAAAAAUUUCUGCAUUGAAAAAGCAAGCCAAUCACAUUGUUCAGCAGGCUCAGAGAGAACAAGAUCAUUUUGUGAAAGAAAAGAAUAAUUUAAUAAUGAUGUUGCAAAGAGAAAAGGAGAAUCUUUGUAAUUUGGAAAAGAAAUACUCCAGCCUCUCUGGGGGGAAAGGGUUUCCCGUUAACCCCAAUACUUUAAAAGAGGGCUAUAUCAGUGUAAAUGAGAUUAAUGAGCCAUGUGGCAAUUCCACGAAUCUAUCCCCUUCCACUCAGUUUCCUGCUGAUGCUGAUGCUGUUGCCACUGAGCCUGCCACAGCUGUGCUGGCGAGCCAGCCACAGAGUAAAGAGCAAAGAUCACCUGUCUAUUCUGGAUUUGUGUUUCCUUCCACUCUUUCUCCUCAUCCUAUCACUCAACAUACAUCAGCCCCAUGGCCUGAAUUCAUGGCUACAUCUGUUGAUCCUUUACCUUUAAAUGACACACCUCCUCCUUUACCAGCUAAGAAACACAGAAGGCAGCAGCAGCAGCAGCAGAAGCAACAGCACUUUAGAAGUCUGGAAGAAAGGAAAAAACAGCAUAAAGAAGGCCUCUAUCUGAGUGAUACUUUGCCUCGAAAGAAAACCACAUCUUCCAUCUCCCCACAUUUCAGCAGUGCUACUAUGGGGAGAAGCAUCACCCCAAAGGCCCACCUGCCCCUAGGACAGAGUAACAGCUGUGGAAGUGUGCUCCCUCCCUCACUGGCAGCCAUGGCCAAAGACUCAGAAUCUCGGAGGAUGCUCAGAGGAAGAAUGAAUUCCUCAGCAGGUUAUAAUCACCAACAGAUGAGUGAAGGACACAGGCAGAAAUCUGAAUUUUACAACCGCACAGCAUCUGAAUCAAAUGUCUACUUGAAUAGUUUCCAUUAUCCAGAUCACAGCUACAAGGACCAGGCCUUUGAUACUCUGAGCCUCGAUAGCUCUGAUAGCAUGGAGACCAGCAUCUCUGCUUGCUCACCUGACAACAUCUCUAGUGCCAGCACUUCAAAUAUUGCUAGAAUAGAAGAAAUGGAGAGACUUUUGAAGCAGGCUCAUGCAGAAAAGACGCGGCUGCUCGAAUCCAGGGAACGGGAAAUGGAAGCCAAAAAACGAGCCCUGGAAGAAGAAAAACGACGCCGGGAAAUCCUGGAAAAACGAUUACAGGAAGAAACUAGCCAGAGGCAGAAGUUAAUAGAAAAGGAAGUAAAAAUAAGGGAGAAACAAAGGGCACAGGCUCGUCCUUUGACACGCUACCUGCCUGUCCGGAAGGAAGACUUUGAUUUGCGGAGCCAUGUAGAAACUGCUGGCCACAAUAUUGACACCUGUUACCAUGUAUCAAUCACAGAGAAGACCUGCCGAGGAUUCCUCAUCAAAAUGGGUGGGAAAAUUAAAACGUGGAAAAAACGUUGGUUUGUUUUUGAUCGGAACAAGCGAACAUUCUCUUAUUAUGCAGACAAGCAUGAAACUAAAUUGAAAGGAGUAAUAUACUUUCAAGCCAUUGAAGAAGUCUAUUAUGAUCACCUCAAGAAUGCUAAUAAGAGUCCUAAUCCGUUACUCACCUUUAGCGUCAAGACUCAUGACAGAAUCUAUUAUAUGGUAGCCCCAUCGCCAGAAGCCAUGCGGAUCUGGAUGGAUGUUAUAGUUACGGGGGCAGAAGGUUACACUCACUUCUUGUUGUAGUGAACUGAGGCAACAGUCCACUUCAGGGCAGACGGCAAUAAUCUCUUACAAGAAUGAAGCCAUAUUCAACCCCAGAUGAGAAAACCCAACAGAUCCAUCCCUUGAGCUGUAAACACUCAGAACUCCUUUCAUAUCAAGACAAGUUAUUUGUAAAAAAUAAAGAAGGGGUUUUAAUACAAACCUUGAUAAUAAAUAGCAAAAUAAUUGAAGCUUCCAUGAGAAAGAAAACACUAUUUUGAUAAAUUGGAUCACUCAUAGGAACAUUUCUUACAAACUGUUUUUAAUCAGUUGUCGGAUUUGGUGAAAUAAACUAAACAGGUUACACAGAAUAUCUGUAUGUACUUGAAAAUACAGAAUAACUUUAUCACCCAAAUCAUUGGCAUUGACAUUAUUGGUAAUCAACUGGCUUUUUAAAAAAAAGGUAGCAUUUUGUUGACAGUUAUUUUGUAAACAUAAGCAAGUAAGGGCUUGGAGGGAAAUACAUUUUAGGAGGAGUUUUGCCUUAAUUUUGUAAGUACUGCACCAAAACCAAAGACCUGACCUGACUUCCGUGGAACAGUAGUAACUGCAAGUGAUGAACUGCAUUUCGUAUUGUUCUGUAUAUUUCAAAAUGGUAUUUUGAUGCCAUCAAAUGCCCAGGAAAUUGACUUUGCAGUGUCACCACUGGUGUAAGCUACCAUAUAUAUAUAUAUGUAGUAAACCACUUUUUGUAAAAGAAGAAAGCAAAAAGCUGUGCGUUUUAGAAAAAAAAGCCAUGUUACGCAACAGGCAUUCUGUCAUGUUGAACAAUUUUAAAUAAAGAGAAUAUCUGGUGUUAGGAGCUUGUUUUGCUGAAGAUUUCUCCAUUCUUGGUGCUGAGAAUAAAGGCAACCAGUAGCCAAUGUCCUUUAGAUUGUCUGAUUUCUUUUUGUUGUGGAGCACACCUGCUAACUGCUCCCUCGACAUAACUAUGAAAUCAUAGCUCUGUUUUCACCAAAGAACAGACCAAUUAACAUACUUAUUUGCAGAAGUGGUGUAGUUCUACAAAACGGCAAAUGAAGUUCAACUUAAUAUUCUCUAUAAUGUAUUAUUUUAUUAUUUUUUUUACAAUUAGCCUUUUUUUUAGUUAAUUUUUGUCAAAUGAAACGACUUCAGGCAAGUCUCUUUUAUAAUGGUUUUUCAAGUGCCAUUUAUUCUAGUUUAUCAUGUUUUGCAUGUUUGAAAGUAUGAAUGUGCUCUUUCCUAAAACAUGGCAAAUGAAUAGAUGUAGAGAAUAACGAUAUUACUUACAAGAUGAAAUGAUUAGAUUAGAAGUGUCCCUUUAUUAAACUUUGUCAGCCUGACUGGGUACAAUUCUUUUGUUAAUUUGCAGUGUGGUUUGUAUACACGUAUACGUGUUGUCAAUAAUAAGAUUUUGCAACUGGAUGACACAAGAUUUUACUUGAACAGUGAAGGACAAAAAUCAUGAUUGUGGAAGAUAUUUUUAAAAUCUGAUUUUGCAGCGAUCACUUUUAAACCCUGUAGUGAUGUAAGACUAAAAUAUAAUUGCUAAGAUUUUGUUGGUUAAUGUAAAGAUAUGACUUUUCUGCACUGUACCCUCUUCAUAGGAUUGUAAAGGUGUUCUAAUCCAAUUGCAUGAUGUAGUAAGCCUCUUAAAUAUGUGUGUUAAAUAUAUUGAGUUUGGAUUAAAAUGUUGACAUGAUUUCACAUUUGAAAAUAAACUCAUCUCUCAUUUUGAAGUUA